AUGGAGACCACUGAACCUUCAAUUGAUGUCGUUGAAAGUAAGCAGUGCCUACAAAUUUCAUCCAGACUAACAUUUAUAGAGCUCCGCGAAUUCCUCACGCUUGUUGAGCAAUCAGCCGUCAAGUAUGAUCCAAGAUACGUGCUGAAGGUGUUCCGGGAGUUGACACCACUUAGACGCGAGUUGGACGCUGGUUCGUUGUUAAAGGUAAUCAAGCAAACAGUUCCGGAGUCGCAAACUCACUAUGGUAACUUGGUUGGCGCCUUGGCCGACUACGACGACGCCGUGAUGGACGAGGACUUCUCUGUUCCUACCCCAAGACCAGACAUUGACCUGUUUUUGCAUCUUUUGGUUCAAAUUUUCCUUCACGACAAGAAAGACUUCAACAGAUUGGAGUUGUUCAACCAGAAAACAGUCAUUGCCCUCGCCCAGUACAACGAGAGAACGUUAGAUCAUAUUGCAGCCAAGAUCUGGUUCUACGUUUUCAGAUCCAAGGAGGCCCUCAAGGAUACUGUUUCGAUCCGUCCAGCUUUGCAAACUGCUCUUAGAACGGCCACUUUGAGACACGACAAUGAAAUCAGAGCAGCGGCCAUAACCUUGCUGCUUAGAUCGUAUCUUUUAUCCAACGACAUAAAUCAGGCCUACAACCUGGUUGAGAAAACAGAGUUCCCUGAACAGGUCACCAAUUCUGUGGUGGCAAGAUACUACUAUUAUUUGGCCAGAAUUCAAACCAUCCAGUUGGAUUACUCGUCCGCCAACGAGUGCGCUAUCACGGCUAUCAGAAAAUGUCCACAGACCAAGUCUGCACUUGGCUUUUUGCAAGCGGCCACCAAGCUCCACAUUUUAAUCCAGUUGCUCACUGGAGAGAUUCCGGAACUGUCCACGUUCAGAGACCUGGCGUUGGAGAAGAGUUUGACCCCAUACCUUGCUGUGACCAGGGCCGUGAGACUUGGAGACCUGAACUUAUUCAAUGACGCUUUGACCAAGUACGGCGCCUCUCUGAAAAAAGAUACUAAUUACAAUCUUGUUUUGCGUCUGAGACAGAAUGUCAUCAAGACUGGUAUCCGGAUCAUUUCUCUCUCAUACAAAAAGAUUUCUCUCAAAGAUAUUUGCAUCAAGCUACACCUCGAUAGCGAACUCAGUGCCGAGUACAUUGUUGCCAAGGCCAUCAAGGACGGAGUCAUUGAUGCCACAAUCGAGCAUAAGGACGGGUACAUGAAAUCCAACGAGAUGUUGGAUGUGUACUCCACAAGAGCUCCGCAGGAGGAGUUUGAUAGAAGAAUCAAGUUCUGCAUGGCUCUGAACAACGACAGCGUGCGAGCCAUGAGGUACCCAUUGAGUACCAACAGAGGUGAGAUCAAGGCCGACGUUGAUUUCAAAGAGCGUGAACAGGAAAUACUACAGUAUUUGCAGGAAGAUGACUUUUUCUAG